AUGACUACAAUACUAUCCUUGCUUAUUGUCUUUGGGUUUUUUGCUCUACAACAACCCUGCGAGGUAGCUGCAACUCGUGGCCCUACUCAAGUGAUGAUCAACAAGGAUAUAUCAGUACAGUCUGAAACACGGAAUGCUCCUCGCUGUUUCUUGUUGAUAAUUCCCGUCAUGGACAGGACAUGCCACAUGACUAACUGUUUUUUUAUUGGCAGGCUGCUAGCUAGCUUAAUCAUUCCUGAUGUCCUUGAUGAUUUUUUGCCGCAAUAUUCCCUUCAAAUUACGUAUCCGGCGACCCAUACCACUGUUCAACUGGGUAAUCAAGUUCAGCCAUCUCAGGUCCACAGUACUCCUGUCUUUGAUUUUCGGCCCCUCGGGUCAUCAUCUCUGUCGGCGGACACGAAUAACAAGACCUUCACCUUGAUCCUGACGGAUCCUGAUGCUAGAAGUCGUAAGAACCCAGACUGGAGUGAGAUGUGCCACUGGAUCGUUACGAACAUAACUAGCCCAGAGCUUGUGAUGCCUGGUAAUCCAGACCGAUCACCCACUCCUGCAGUUCUGAAGACGUACCUUCCUCCUGGCCCUCCGAAAGGAACAGGCUGGCAUAGAUACGUAUUCGUUCUGCUGGCAGGCGAUGCAAACGAGGCAAGAAACUUGCAGGCUCCAAAGGACCGGAAGCACUGGGGUUAUGGUCGCGUACGGCAUGGCAUCAGAGACUGGGCGCAAGAUAAUAAGCUGAAGAUAUUGAGUGCUAACUUUUUCUAUUCCAUGAGUGGAAAUGAUACAUCCAACACUGAAUAG